UUGUGUCCAACUGAAAAGCUAUUUCUUCUGUCUAAAAGGGCACGGUUUUCAUGACUCCUUUAUGCAGUAUUCCAAGUGCAAAGCCUUUACUGGAUUUCAGAUAGUUACCGCCGAAGCUAUUAGAACAUGUUCACAUAAGGAUUGAUGCAAUAUUUUGUCGCUCUGUCAAGUCCAUUGCCCCUAAUUAAAAUUGUGAUACCGGAAUCGUAACGGCUACCGACGAUGCUCAGAACAAUAACUGCUCUAAUUAUUUGCUUCCUCUUUACCCCUGCCACCGACUGUGCUCCAAUGGAACUCAGAGCAGUGCAAAUAGCUGAAUUAACCACUGGACACAAAGACGUUGCGGCCGAGAUGGACGAUAUCUCUUAUUGCGGUGGCUUAAACGAUCCGACUAUAACAACAAGUAAGCAACAGACCGUUUGAAUCCAAUUGACCAUUCCAAUGACCUGAUAUAUUCCCAGCCGGCGAUCGACCGGAGGGUCCCGGGUUUUGGAUUACCAACCGUGAUGACGUUCCAGAGGCGAAGUACUUUCUAUAUGAGAACAGCCGAGACAAUCAUCCAUGGAAGUAUCUCACAGUAAGUCUUUCCGCUGAUGAACGCAUGACAAAUGUACCUAACCCGACGAAGAUCGCCCCAGGAGCCACAGCGUUUGUAUCGGUCUGCAGUACUUGGCAAGGGCGCAUCGUUCGCGGUAUCCCAGAGGUCAACUUAGACGGCGAGGUCCAUAAUCUCGGUACAUGGUUCAAGUCAAGCGUCGCGCCGAACGGCUGGAUGUGGGGAGACAUUAGCUUUCUCGAAGGUUGCGAUGGCGGAGGAAGCGUAGCUAGUACGGACGGCUCUGAUGUCGUCCGCGAAUGCUACGAAGAUCUACUCGCUGGCGCGCCUUCUUCAGCUCUUGUUAUGAAGGAAACGGGGACUAAAGUCCUUGCCAAGUUAGUUGGGGACGCGCCAAAUCAGGCGGCCAAGGACUGGGAGGCGUCGAAGUGCAGCUCAGCUGAGGUAUGGAUCAAUAGUAGCAACGAUGGGCCUGUUAUCAAGUCUACGAACGGGAGAUUAGCUUUCACCUUCUUCAAAGGAAUGGCCUAGUUAGGCGUAACGAUGUUUGCCGAGACGAGUUAGCAGAGCAUCAGCGUCUUUCGGCCAGGAUGCCUAUCAAAUAAUUAUGAGAAGUUUCUCUAAUC